AUGACUAAAUUAGAUGAAUCUCCAUACACAAUCUUGGGUAUUUCAAAGGAUUCAGACCAUGAGGCCAUCAAGAAAGCCUAUCGAAAGUUGGCACUGAAAUGGCAUCCCGAUAAACAUCAAGAAGAUAAAGACAAAGAAGUGGCUGAGAGAAAAUUCAAGAAAAUCGCUCAAGCAUAUGAGAUUCUAACAGAUUCAAAGAAAAAGGCAGCUCUUGAUCGAGAUGUGAGUGGAGUGAGGCCAGGAAGAAGAGUAUUCAGAGACGAUAUCUUCCGAUCUCCAUUCGAUGUCUUCAAAGAUUUCUUUGGCACUCGUGAUCCUUUCCAAGAUAUAUUUUUUGAUGAUGGUUUCGCUUUCCCAUCGGAUAGCUUCUUGUUUUCAAAACCACGACGAACAGGCCCUCACUCACGAGUACAUAUUUUUUUUGAUGAUGCACGACGGGCAAAAGAUGAGAAAGAAUGUGAAUUCUCUACGGUUAUCCGUUUCUCAUCAUCGUCAGAACCUGGAAAAUCCGUCUCCACAACGAAAACCACCACCACGACAAAGGUAAUCGACGGGAAAAAAAUUGUCGUCAAACGAACAGAAGACAAUGGAAAAGAAACAAUAGAGACUUAUGAAGACGGUCGUCUCACCUCUCAAGUGGUUCAAGGAACGGCCGUUGCAGCGAAC